UCUUUCUUUCUAUUUAUCAAAAAAAAGAAAAGGGAAAAGAAAAAGAUAAGAAGAUUUUUUUCCGGAAAAAAGUCCAAUUUUGGGGGAAAUUUUGGGGCAAAGUCGAAAUAAUCAAAUCUUUUUCCACUGAUGGAACUCUGUGCUUCAAUUCGGUAGCGAUUAUACGUAUUCCUCUCGUAUGCGGUUACCCCUCGCUUUACUCUACGGUCGAACCUCUACUUCUGGAAUUAGGUUGAGCGGAGAUAUAUCGUGUGCAAGUUUAAUUUUUAUGGCGGUCAGCUGGUGGAUAUUGUUGAUCUUAAAUAGAGGGAAGUGGUGGAGUGAGAGUCAAAGGGUAGAUGGAGUGCAACAGAGAUGAGGCUGUGAGAGCGAAAGAAAUUGCAGAGAGGAAGUUUCGAGCAAAGGACAUUAAGGGGGCCAAAAAAUUUGCUCUCAAGGCUCAAAAUUUAUAUCCUGAACUAGAGGGCAUUUCUCAAAUGGUGACGACUCUUGAGGUUUAUAUUUCUGCUGAAGAGGAGAAAAUACAUGGAGAAUCAAACUGGUAUGGUGUGCUCGGUGUGACCCCUCUAGCUGAUGAUGAGACAAUAAGAAAACAGUACAGGAAACUAGCUCUUCUGCUUCAUCCUGAUAAAAACAGGUCUAUUGGGGCAGAAGGGGCAUUUCAACUUGUCUCACAAGCCUGGAGUUUGCUAUCAGAUAAGUCCCACAGAAUAGCAUAUGACCAGAGGUGUGGUGCAGCAUUUCAGCAGAGGAAUCAGACUAGAAAUGAGGGUACUUCACCAUCACCAGCACAAAAUGGAUUUUAUAAUGUGGCAAAGACUGCAGUUUCACAAAUGAAGGUUCCAAAGGGUAAUGUCAGUAAGAGGGAUCCUUCAUCUGGUCCUUAUCAAUCUCGUAAGAAGGAAUGUCACACUUUCUGGACUGUCUGUCAUCGAUGUAAGAUGCAAUAUGAAUAUCUCAGAAUGUAUCUCAAUCACAAUCUCCUCUGCCCCAAUUGCCAUGAGGCCUACUUUGCAGUGGAAAUUAAUCCUCCAUCUACCAAGAGUACUAAAAUAUCAUCUCAUACAACCAGGGAUCUAAUGGCACACGAAACAACUCAUCCACUCAAUGUGGAACUUCAGGGUUCAACCAUAGUAACCAGUCCAAUCACAAUAACUUCCAGUGGGUUCCUUUCUCUGAGUCAACUGGCGCUGCAUCUGCUGUUCAAGCUGCAAAUAUGGUUCAUCAAGCUUAUGAGAAAGUGAAACGAGAAAGACAGAAAGCACAGGCUGCUGCUAGAAGAGAGGAGGCAUUGCGAAGGAAAAAUCUUGCAUCCAAACGAUCAAUGGGUGGAGAAUUCCCAGCGCAUCCUAAUGCUGCCAAGAGAAGAAAAGGGUUUGAAGAUUUUGGUACGAGCAAAGAGGCAAUGAAACAGGUGAACUUUGAAAGCGGAACACUUCACCAAGUGAACGCUUCUGGUCUUAGACAGGAUGGUCUUCAGAAAUGUACAAGCAAGCAUGGUGGUGUACGCCAUGUUGAUGUUAAACAAUUGCUGAUGGAGAAGGCUCAUGAGGUAAUCCUUGAGAAACUAAAUGAAAGCGUCUCAGGUAAUAUGGUGAGGCAUGCUGCUGGAGAGGAGGUUCUUGAAAGUUCCAAAGAAGAUGAAACUGCAAACAUAAAUGACAGGACUGUUACACAUCACUCUGUACACUGUCAGGAAAAGCUUUGUGAGCCAGUGGAGACUAAGAGUCAAUUCCCUCAUGACAAACUGAAUUUUGGGACUGUAGGGUUCAAUCCAGACGGUGAACUUAUUGAGCAAAUGUCAGUAGAUGUCUUAGAUCCUGAUUUUCAUAAUUUUGACAAGGACAGAACAGAAAAAUGUUUUGGAGAUAACCAAGUGUGGGCUGUUUAUGACAAUGAAGAUGGGAUGCCACGGCACUAUGCCAUGAUUCACAAUGUGAUAUCUCUCAAUCCCUUCAAGUUGAGGAUGAGUUGGCUAACUUCUGUAACCCAUAGAGGAAUGGGCCAUGUAAGUUGGUUUUCAGGUGGUUUUUCGAAAACAUGCGGGGAAUUUGCAAUAAGCAGAGCUGAAAUUUGUAACUCAGUGGACUUUUUCUCACACAACGUCAGAUGGGUCAAACGCACUACUAAGAUCAUUGAAAUACUUCCUCGGAAGGGAGAUGUUUGGGCUUUGUACAGGAAUUGGUCCCCUGAGUGGAAUGAGCUCACAGAAGAUGAAGUAAUACACAAAUAUGACAUGGUUGAAGUACUUGAAGACUAUGAUGAGGAACUGGGAAUAAUUGUCAUUCCCCUGGUUAAAGUUGCUGGCUUCAAAGCAGUUUUCCAUCAGCAUUUUGACCCAAGGGAAAUACGAAGAAUCCCUAAAGAAGAAAUGUCUCGGUUUUCUCAUCAGGUGCCGUCCCGUUUGCUUACUGGUCAAGAAGGACCAAAGUCUGUUAAGGGUUGUCGUCAGCUGGAUCCUGCAGCGAUUCCUUUAGAAAUUCUUGAAGUGAUGUCGAAAGUGGAAGGAAUUGAGUUUAUGGAGACUGAUGAGGACGUUAAGGUCGUGAAGGAGGUUGAUUAUGAUGGGAAUACCAAUACCAAUAUGGUGGAAGGAAUUUCCUGAGAUCAGAGAAGCCGAAUGCCCUUGGAGAAAUGAUAAAAACCAAGCAAUGGAAAUUGAAUAAAUGGUCCAAACAUAAGUCAAAAGACCUCUGAUAUGGAUGUUAGCACAUUGAUGAGCCUGAGGUGAUUGAAGUAAUUCAAUUGGACGUGUAGGCUAUAUUGCUGCAUGGUAACUUUUUGGAAGCAAUGAUCUCCCUGGUAAAAAUUUAUUUGGAGCGUGGAGUAGGAUACUGAAGAAUGUAAACAUUGAUGAGCAUGAAGUGAUUGAAGUUACCGGUAUUCCUGAAAGUGUAUUCUCUCUGAUACGGAUGUUAGCACGUUCGUGGUGAUCUUUGGCUUCUGCACAAAUGCUAUGCUGGAAGUGAAACCUCCCCUUGUUGGCGAUUGACAGGUAUUUUGGUCAGAGCUGUUACGCUCUCCGUGCAUUCAGGUCACCAAUUAAAGGCCAGCUUUUUGAUUCAUCCUAUAGUUUAACUGCUAUACUCUCUCUGUCUUUGAACUGUUAACAAAUUGUUAAUCUUUUAUCUUACACACUGCCGAAGUGUUGUCGAUGUAAUAUCUAAAACUACUCAGCUUUAUAAUUCUGAGUGCUGAUUAUCAUCUCUUA